AUGCUCAUUGCUCACGUCAUACACACGCCCCGCGCGUCCCGCACACCGCCCCGCUAUCACCAGCAGCCUUCAUGCAUCUUUGCUUGCAUCCGACGAACCACAAAUGUCAUCCGUCACCGCACGGGCAGCGGCGGUUUUAUCACAUCUUGGAAAAUGACUGAAGCCCUCCCACGGCAGCAUGACAAGCCGAUGUGCGUGCGCGUCUGCCUGGAAGUGGGGCAUGCGUGCGAGCCGCGCCGCUCCCCCACUGGCCGCGCCCUCGCCCUGGACUGGCGCGUGUGGGUGCGAGGCGCCGGCGGCCGCGACAUCAGCCCCUUCGUCCACAAGGUCGUCUUCCAUUUGCACCCGCCCAGCGCUUUCGUCUACCCCAAAAGAGUUCUUCAAGAGCCGCCGUACGAGAUCCAGGAAUCAGGGUGCACUUCCAUAGAAAUACCGAUCCACGUGUACCUGAAAUGCAGCAGCAAACCAAAGAAAAUCCGCCUCCGAUACAGCCUGCGCCUCGAAAACAACAGCCUGACCAGUUCAGAGUCGAAAUGUGUGUAUUAUGACUUUGACAACCCCUCGGAGCAGCUGUGUACAGCUCUGAUGGAGGGAGGUGGAGAAAUUAUCGCUAGAAAGGGCUGCUCUAGGGGCCGUCACGAGGACCUCUUCGUCCUUCUCUCAGACACUGAAGAAAAAUUGAAGAACGGCAAAGGCAAGCGUUACAAAUUCAUCGAACCCAUACGCAGAGCGGCGCCAGCGAAAAGUCGCGCCAAAACGUACGUAAUCGAGGAGAUAUGCUCGAAGUGCGGCGAUUCGGAGUUCAAGAAGCAAUUGCGCUCGGUGGAGAUGACCGACGACGAAAUCACACGAGUGUCAAAGUUGUACUUGGCGCUCACCAGCUAUGAAAAGUCUGUCGACGCGUUAAUUUUACCGCCGAUUUCCGAUCCCAUUUACACUCUACCCGAACUCCCAGCGUCAUUAAAGGGCGCACUGGCGAGCGUGGAAGGAGACUACACUAUGCAA